CUCUCCUGGCACAACCGUCCGCAACAUCGUGACAUCCUUGAGACUAGGGACGGGACGGCGCCAUGUUCGCGAUGCCGCCAAGUACACCAUCUCCUCUUUCUCGCCCGCGCCCCGCAAGGCUUCCGACGACGUCACAACCGCGAAUCCUCUCUGCAACUGCCGAGUAUUGGUUCGAGGAGACUCAGCCCGAAUAGUGGGCGAUUCCGCUCCGGCGCCAUGGAAAAUAGAAGGGACGUUAGUGCUGGUGUCCUGCAAGCGGCACGAUCAUCGGGGUAAUAUGUGAGGAGGUAUUUUCCAAGAUGAACGAACCGUUGAACGGCACCGAGGCGCAAGGGAGAGGCCCGAACGUAUAAAGUCCGCGCGAUAGAUGGUCAUGGACGCGUCGAUACGCGCGCAACCAUACUCUGGUGAAUCCGAACAUGUUGCAGUCAACGGCUUUCGCGUGGCUGGCGUUGGCGACAGCCUCAGUUGCCCAGUUUGGAAUUAAGCACUCGCAAUACGAGACGAGCCCGCCUGUGUACCCUUCGCCAAACAUCACCGGCGCUGGAGGAUGGGAGGAGGCAUUGGAGAAGGCAAGAGCCUUUGUAGCGCAAUUGUCGCUCGAGGAGAAGGCAGACAUGGUGACUGGUACGCCUGGUCCUUGCGUCGGUAACAUCGCACCGAUACCGCGCCUCAACUUCACAGGCCUCUGCCUACAGGAUGGGCCUCUCGCCAUACGCCAAGCAGUGUACGCCAGCGUUUUCCCUGCCGGACUUUCUGCGGCUGCCUCCUGGGACCGCGAUCUUGUGCACCAGCGCGGGGUCUUCAUGGGCGAGGAGUUCAAAGGCAAAGGCGCGCACGUCGCUCUAGGACCUGUCGUAGGGCCGCUCGGACGAUCGCCUUUCGGCGGCCGGAACUGGGAAGGUUUCUCGCCGGACUCAUAUCUCUCUGGCACACUUGUCGAAGAAACUGUUAUCGGCAUGCAGUCUGCUGGUGUGCAAGCAUGCACGAAGCACUACAUCGGCAACGAGCAAGAGAUUCAGCGGAACCCAACCACGGUUGACGGCACGACCGUGGAGGCUAUUUCGUCAAACAUCGAUGACAAGACCAUGCACGAGACGUACCUCUGGCCGUUUGCAAACGCCCUCCACGGUGGAUCCGCUUCGAUCAUGUGCUCUUACAAUCGCAUCAAUGGUUCCUAUGGAUGCCAAAAUAGUAAAACGCUAAAUGGCCUGCUCAAGGAUGAACUAGGCUUCCAAGGAUAUGUCAUGUCGGAUUGGGGCGCCACUCACGUUGGUGUCGCGGCAAUCGAGGCUGGUCUGGAUAUGGACAUGCCGGGAGGAAUCGCUUUUACGUCGGCGUCUCCAUCGUACUUCGGCGAGAACAUCACCAUCGCCGUAAACAAUGGUUCUCUUUCCAUUGAGCGUGUGGAUGACAUGAUCCUCCGUAUCAUGACCCCUUACUAUCAUCUCGGACAGGAUGCUGGAUACCCAUCCGUAGAUCGCUCUACGCAGCCGCUCGGAUUCUUCCCGCUGGCGAACUACGUACACCAGUUCACUCUUGGUCCUCUGGUUGAUGUUAGGGACGAACACGCGAAGCUCAUCCGUGAGCUCGGCGCUGCGGGCACAGUUCUCUUGAAGAACAUGAACAAUACGCUCCCGCUCAAGGAGCCCAUGAAUAUUGGCGUCUUUGGAAACGAUGCUGCGGACUUCACACAGGGUCAGUACACGCUGUCUCUCUCGAACGGUCUCUCUUCCGGCAACUACGACAUUGGAACUUUGGCCGUUGGUGGCGGCUCCGGCACCGGGCGAUUCACGUACGUCGUUCCGCCACUAGAUGCCAUCAAAGCGCGCGGUCAGUCCUACGGUGCGCUUGUGCAGUACAUGACCGACAACUAUGCUAUCAGUAAUAGCGGUCUAUCCUCCCUCGCCCCGACCCCACCUGACGUAUGUAUCAUCUUCCUAAAGUCCUGGGCCAGCGAGGGUGACGACCGAGCCACACUCAUCGCAGAAUGGAACUCGACCGUUGUGGUGGAGAACGCUGCCGCUGUUUGCCCCAACACGGUGGUAGUCCUGCAUGGUGCAGCACCCAACGUCCUCCCGUGGAAGGACAACGCUAACGUUACUGCUAUUCUCGCCGCCCACAUGCCGGGCCAAGAGACUGGCAACUCGAUCGUGGAUAUCCUGUGGGGCGACAUGAAUCCGUCCGGCAAGCUCCCGUAUACCAUCGCGAACCAAGAGAGCGACUACGCGAAGAACCUUGUCAACAGCACUGAGCUCGCGGAAUCUACGGAUCCCCUCGCAUGGCAGGCUGACUUCACCGAGGGCAAUAUAAUCGACUACAAGGAGUUCGAUGCACAGAACAAGAGCGUCGCGUAUGAAUUUGGCUUCGGCUUGAGCUACACCACAUUCGAGCUUUCGGACCUGCAAGUCCAUGUGAGUGCCGCCAACUCCACCCGUACGCCGAGCACGACGGCGAAGAUCAUUCCCGGCGGCAACGAAGAGCUGUGGCAGGUAUUAGCCACUGUGUCUGCGACCGUCAAGAAUACCGGGACUGUGGACGGUGCGACUGUUCCGCAACUAUAUCUCUCCUUUCCUAGCGAAGCGGGAGACGACACGGUGAGAAACCUACGAGGAUUCGACAAAGUAUCGUUGGGCGUUGGGGAGACGGCGUCCGUGGAGUUCUCGCUCAUGCGCCGCGAUCUUAGCUACUGGGAUACGGCUGCGCAGGCUUGGCGUCUGCCAUCUAGCGCGAUAGGUGUGGACGUCGGAUUCAGCUCGCGGGAUUUGAAACUUAAUGGGCAGAUCACAGUAUAAGGCCUGAGUAUGUGGGUAUGCACUCUGACACGCAUGUCGUUAGUAUCGAAACGGGGACAGAAGAGAAGACGCGAUGCUGGAUACCUUAAUGCCAUUCAACCUCUCUCAGUC